AGGUCCUACUCAGGAGGAGAUUGAAAAGAAGCUGUUGGAGCAGAUGGACGAAAGGUUUCAUGUUGCACAGCACCAACUAAGAGAAGAGCUCACUAGAAAGGAGAAUGAAAGCUUACAGAGUCAGGCUCUGGAGUUUGAGCAGUGGAAAGCAGCCCAACAGGAAAUGAGAAAGAGAGAACUGGAAGAGAUGCAGACUCCAUUGCUGGAGCAGCUAAGAGCCGUGGAGCAAGAAAAGGAGCAACUGCAGAAAGUCCUGCUAAAAACAAAAGCUGAAAUCGAAGCAAUGAAAAAACUGACGCGGUCGCCGCAAUCUGAAGAUCCAGAGCCGAGUGGCAAGGUAAAGAAGGAAGAGGGACCUACCGAGACUGCUGAUUCUACUGCUGUUGCUACUGAUGUAAAGAGGCUGGAGACCAAAGUCGUGUCGAAGUGGAAGAAACACAAGAAAAGUGUGCACAGGCAAAUGGAAGAGAUGAACAAGUCCUAUCAAGACCAGCUUCUGGAGCUGUCCAAGAAACUGGCUAGUAUGGAGCAAAGUGCUAAGGCACAGCAGUUCCCUAAGGAAAAGAGGAUGGGGAAAGAACUGAAGCCGAAAACAACGCAACAGAUGCAUACUCAAGCCCAAACAGUACCAGCCCAGCAACCGACCAAUGCCAAUAGUCAAUCUGAAGUAUCGGAGGGCUCGGAAGAAGAAGAAGAGGAUGAAGAGGAGGAAGAGGAGGAGGAGAGUGAAGGAGAAGGAGGCAGGGAGGAGACAGACGCUCCACACUUCACUCCAUUUCCCAAUAGGAUCAACAUUACCACUCUAUUCAACCAUGGACAAGAGGCAAUGGAGAAAAUCAGAAGAGAGACAGCCAACAUUCUAGACAAUGCUCUGUUGCAAAGAGGGGUCAAUAAGGGCACAGUUGGUAUGAGUGACGCUCUGUUGGAGAGCAAGAUGAAGGCUCUUCAAGGAGACAGGCAAAAGAGAAUUCAGAUGCACUAUCAGUUUAUGGAGCAGCGUGAACAUCUUACCAGUGAGAUUGAGUUGUCAGCCAAGACCAACUGCCACUUUUCACCACCUCGGCACCUCCUCCCCUCAUCCCCUCCCCCUCCCUCCUCUCCCUCCACACGCCGAUCCUCGCCACGCAGAGCAACAUCACCAUUUAAGACAUCUCCCCAUCACAAGACCCCUCCACGGCUGAGCUCCCCACAGAAACACUCACCUCAAAGAGACUCUCCCAACAAACAACAAUCACAUGGUAGCGCCAAACCACCCACUGGACUACCAGCACAAGCUCAACUAGCACGUUCCCAGCAGAGAGUUAGAGCGUCAAGACCCACUAGGGGGUCUCAAACCGAGUCAUCCGAGUCUGAGACCGAGACAGAAUCGGAAUCAGACUCCGAGAGCUACAAAGAAGACAACCAACCGGCCGCAGUCAACACUGUGACUGUUGCCCCAAGGAAGAGGGGAGACAAUGGCAGGCAGGGAGCGGGAAAGGAAGUUGAGAAGCGUGGGCAGUCUAGGGUCAAGGUGCCGGCUGGUUCGGUAAGAGUACUUCCAGACAGUGGGAGGACAUGGGACAAGGGAGACGAAGAGCUGCAAGAAGGGAAAGCCAGAGGGGGAGGAAUGGAUGGGGAAGAUAGCUCUUGGGAUAGUGAGGAUAGCAAUGACCACCUAACAACAAAGGAUCUAAUGAGUGUUCCAACUUCAACUCCAGUUCAGGUGAUACCAGUCAAGAAAGCCAAGGUAACAUUGCGUGUUUUUGUGUCUUAGCAACUGCGAGUGAACCUUCUCAGCUAGUGUGGUACACACACAUACAUGUGAUUAAUGUACGUAUGCAGAUAAAUGAUAACAAACUGUUGAAUAAUAACGUAGGUAACAAAGAGCGGUAAUGAACAAGACUCUCAGGAAUUGUCUGAUAACAGUUGGGACGUGACUGAGAUUAGCAGCGAGUCACAGCCUCACACAAAGAGGACUGCCGCAGUUCCCCAGCACGACACUAGACAUGUGAAGCUAGCUUCAACACACUCAGGUAACUCCCAGUCGGCUCUGACGACCGUGACUCGUGGAGAUUUUGAUGACUCUGAUCUUUCAGAUAUCUCAACCACUCAACUUACCUAACUGAGCCAAUAGCUAUUAUACCACAUGAUAGCUUCAAACCACUAACAGAUCUUUAGUGCAAACGUUUUACAGCGAUUGAGAUUAUUGCUAAACUAUGAAAUGCUGCUUACCUUUGCAUUAUAUACGACUGAUGAAUAACUUAUUAGUAU